UUCCUCCCCUUUUCCAACAACCAGCAACGUUACGUUUCUCUCUCAGUAGUUAGCUAGCUAACAAGUUUCAGAAGUAGCUAGGACAGCUACUUUAGUUUAACCUACGCCAAUUCAGUAAAAGCUAUGUUGUAACUUUCCAAAGCACCAUAGCCCUCGGCCUUGGGCAAUGUGAAGGAGAACGGGUAAGCAGCAGGAGUGACCAGACUGUCCAGUCUCCCAGUAGUAGAGACAGGAAUUCCUUCGCUAGCCCCAGAAGGUGAAGAGGCAAGCGUAACGCAGGAGAGGAGCGGAGCAUAGUCCGGCUGCAGACAUGUCGGAAGGAGAUGGAAAACCAACGUCAGAAACCAAGGCAGAGACAAUGUCCCCUAGUGCCCCACAGGUUUCCACGGCACCUGUGUCCCCACCUGUGUCCAGUCUACCUCCCGGCCCCCCCACAACCACUGCCACAGAGGAUGAGGAGGAGGAGAGCGAAGAUGAGUCUGAGAUCCUGGAGGAGAGCCCCUGCGGCCGCUGGCAGAAACGCAGAGAGGAGGUAAACCAGCGCAAUGUCCCAGGCAUUGACAACGCCUACUUGGCCAUGGACACAGAGGAGGGGGUGGAGGUUGUCUGGAAUGAGGUCAUGUUCUCAGAGAGGAAGAACUUCAAGCUGCAGGAGGAGAAAGUGAAGGCUGUGUUCGACAACUUGAUUCACCUGGAGCACCUCAACAUUGUCAAGUUCCACAAGUACUGGGCUGACAUCAAGGAAACCCGAGUCAGGGUGAUCUUCAUCACUGAGUACAUGUCGUCAGGGAGCCUGAAGCAGUUUCUGAAGAAGACCAAGAAGAAUCACAAGACCAUGAAUGAGAAGGCAUGGAAGAGAUGGUGCACACAGAUCCUGUCUGCUCUCAGUUACCUCCAUUCCUGUGACCCACCCAUCACCCACGGCAACUUGACCUGUGACACCAUCUUCAUCCAGCACAACGGCCUCAUCAAGAUUGGAUCAGUGGCUCCAGACACCAUUAACAACCAUGUGAAGACCUGUACAGAGGAGCAGAAGAACCUGCACUUCUUUGCCCCUGAAUAUGGAGCUGUGGCAGACGUCACCACUGCUGUGGAUAUCUACUCCUUUGGGAUGUGUGCCUUAGAGAUGGCCGUGCUGGAGAUCCAGGGGAACGGGGAGUCGUCCUACGUGUCUCAGGAGGCCAUCAACAGUGCCAUCCAGUCCCUGGAAGACCCUCUGCAGAGGGUUAGUGAGUUCAUCCAGACAUGCCUGGAGGCAGACCCCUCUAGGAGGCCCACAGCCAGGGAGCUGCUGUUCCACCAGGCUCUGUUUGAGGUGCCUCUGCUCAAGCUGCUGGCAGCUCACUGCAUUGUCAGCCACCAGCACAUGAUUCCAGAGAACGCCCUGGAGGAGAUCACCAAGAACAUGGACCCUAACCUCGUCAUCGCUGAGAGGAAGGAGGGCACCCAGCUGCUGCUGUCUCAGUUCCCAGCCCUUGAGCUGGAUAAGUUCCUGGAGGAUGUACGGAAUGGUAUCUAUCCUCUGACAGCGUUCGGGGUCCCCCUGCUCCACCAGCCCCCGCAGAAGGAGGUCACGUCCCCCAUCGUCACCCCCUCUGUCAAGACCCCCACCCCUGAGCCUGCCGAGCUGGAGACGCGCAAGGUGGUUCAGAUGCAGUGUAACAUAGAGCCAGUAGAAGAAGGAGCCAAGCACCACCUGACCUUACUGUUGAAACUGGAGGACAAACUGAACAGACAUCUAAGCUGUGACUUGUUACCCAAUGAGAAUGUUCAGGAGCUGGCUGUGGAGCUGGUCCAAUUAGGCUUCAUCAGCGAGGUGGACCAAACAAGGCUGGCUUCAGUGUUGGAGGAGGCAUUCACCAAGUUCUUCAGCAGGAACGGUUCCCUCAACCCCGUCACCGUCUCUUCCUAACUCACUCACACACGUACACGCUCACACACACACACAUACACUCCGUUCAGUGCCGGUGUCUGUCGAUGAUGUGGCAUAUUUGAUGCGUCCUUCUUUGCAUAUCACCUUGGCCUGGAUGAAGGAAGGAAGCUAGCUUAAAGAGUGACAGUAUAAUCAGUACAUCAAUGUGUCACCUGAAAGCUUUUAGAAAAGAUAUGUCCUCUUCCUCCCCCCGCCCUGCCUUCCCCUCCCCCUCCCUUUCCCCUCCUGCUCUGCCACAAUCUUCACCGUUUGUCUCUGAGUAGCUGCACACGCACUACUUUGCCUUAAACAUCUUAACGGUUCACCGGUAUUUGUAUCUUUUUGUGGUCAUUGAUGGAUGUGCACAGUGUCUGCUGUGAUUCCUACUCUGGGCGACGUGGCGGUUUUUCUUUAUCCAGAUAUCAUAUGGGGUCAAACAUCAAUAUUUAAGUAAAGAAUGUGUCAUUUUUGUUUAUUUGGUCUUCACUUUUGUUCUCAAUCUGAUUGGUUUACUGGAGACAAAGCCACACCCCUAUGGAGUUUGAGCCAAUAGAAUGAGAGGGGUGGGGAUUUUAUUAAUUGCUGUAUGCUCAUUCAAUUACAGGACAUAUCCAAUGGCUGGAAUUUUUAUUAAGACAUGGCCUUGGUUAACACUUACAGUAUAUUUGCCUUUGAUUGUUGGAUAUAACUUCAGCUAUACUUUAAAAGUACACUGAUUGACCACCCUAAUUUAAGUACGGUUAUCUGAUCAAAUAAAUAUAUAUCUUUCUUGAAAAAGUUACUGACUUAAGGUAAUCACGGUAUUGUUGCUUAGUAAGAGGAGUGGUUCAGGUUUACGAUCCAAAGAUGAUUUGGUGGAAGGAAGUACAUACAUAUAUAUAGAUAUACUGUUUGUGGUCAAGCCUUCAGGCUAAAUUCACCCAAAUGUUUCUCUGGCUGUAUUUAAAUCCUCUGAAAGUGUGUUCUUUCUCCCCCCCCUCCCUUCAUCUGUAAUCUCUGAUCUAACAUGACUGGAUGAGUCAAGUAUGUUUACUGAGCAGUUUCCUCCCAUCCAGUACCUGUAUAAAUCAGUGAUUCCUCCAUGAAAGGGAGGGUUGAGGGAAAGCUAUGUUUCAGGUAUUUCUAAGCAGCGAACCUCUCCAAAACUGAAUGUUUUUUCGCUGGAAAAUGUGGAAACGUGUUAAUGAAUGCUCAGCAGGUUAGAACUGACUGUCACUGAAGCCUUAUCUCUCUGUCUGUCUGACCAUCUGUACUGUGAAAUACAACUAGCAUUUAUCUUCAAGCAGCACUUGUUAAGAGUCAUUGAUAGAAUGAGUUAAAGCUAUAAGAGCUGAUUGUUUUUGCUUGGUUUGUGUGUGUGAUUGAGCAAGUAAGUGAGAUUCCUAAUGUUUUUCAUUGAGUGUUUUUGUGGUACUAUAUAAGUACAGUAUAGGCCACUUGUGUGUGUGCUGUUUUGUUUUUUUAAUGACAGACUCUGCAAUGUAUGACUUGCUUCUUUUAAAAUGGUUGGGUACCUACUUAUAAAAAAUAAACAUGAAAACCAC